CUAGCACCAAAACUUGUUAGCUUCUCCAUUUACAACACUUCUUAUCAUCUCUCUAUCACAAUGCACUCUACCUACUCUUCACUUCCUCUUCUCACCAUUUUCCUUUUCCUACUUCCAUCUCUAAUCCAAUCUCAAAUGUGCCAAAGAAACUGCGGCAAACAACCACUCAAGUACCCUUUCGGCGGCGGCCCCGGCUGCGGCGACCCUCGCUUCCAACCACACAUAUCAUGCAACCAACAAAAACUCACUUUCACUACACACACAGGCUCAUACCCCAUCACCUCAAUCGACUACACAAACCAAAUCGUCCACAUUUCAGAUCCCACCAUGUCAACAUGCUCUUGCACUCAACCUAGCAAAGGCUUCGGCUUAGAUUGGAACGCGCCGUUUACCUUCGACGAUAGCACCGUUUUCGCUCUAGUCGAUUGCUCGAUGAACUCAUCAUCCAUAUGCAAAUCAAGAAGCUAUGAUGAUGGAAGCAAUGCCAAGCUUCAAUGUGAUCAAAACACACAAAUUUGUGAUGUUAUGUAUUCUUGUAGACCUAUUAGUAGUGCUAUUAAUCUUCCAAUUUCGACGUGUUGUGUUUAUGCACCGGUUAACCUUGGUCCGUCUUUUGAAAUGGAUCUUGAGAAGCUUCAAUGCAGUUCUUAUACAGGUUUUUAUAAUUACAAUGAUCAACAAGUUGAUCCGGAAAAGUGGAACUAUGGAAUUGCACUUAAGUAUAAGUUUAGUGUGACAAAUGAUUAUCCUAGCUCUUGUGAAGCUUGUGAAAGGAGUUAUGGAUUUUGUGGUUAUAGUGAAGCUUAUAAUUCAUUUUUAUGCAACUGUCCUAAUGGAAUUAACACCACUUCAGAUUGCUACUUCAUAUCUUAUAAUCACGGUUUUAGAAACGGGUUUGCUUGGUGGAUCUAUGUUGUGGCAUGGUCUUUGGUUGGGCUCAUCUUGUAAGUUAUGCAUGGAUGGUUACUUCAACAAUGAAGUUCAUGAUCAUUCAAGAUUGUAAAGGGUUUCAAAGCUUUGAGUGCAUGGAACUUUUAUGGUUUGGAGUAUGGAGAAUUAUGUAUGAUGACUUAUUGGUUAAAAAACUUAGGCCAUUCAUUUCUUGUGUUCUAUUGUGGCAAAUGUGUGCACAUGCAAUUUGUAUUUGAUAAAUUUGAAUCUGUGUUUUUU